AUGGUUCGCAUAAACAAUUUAGCUAAGAGAAGGAGGUUCUUGAGCCUUCGUGUUUUAGUCUUUACUCUAGUGCUUUACCUUACAAUUUGUUUCGGCGUCUCACCUUCCGAGUCGACAAACAUCGCAGAGAGUAGCGAACAGAUUCCUUCGUUAGGAUGCGAAUACUUGGCCAACUUGAUAAAAACGGGAAAACACCCCUCAAUAGACAGUAGUGGUGAUCCAUCUCAAUGUCCUUAUCUUUCCAAUAAACCACAAGACCACCAUGAACAUGUCGAAUAUCAUAGGAGACAAGUGUCGGAUUUAUGCCCUUACAUUCGGGAGCUUAGCAAACAAAAGAAGGAGAGAUUAAGUUUGGAAAGUAGCCUGACGAAACAAAUCUUUGCUUUCCUUUUUCCAGGAAGUCCACGCGUAAAUUCUUUGUUGGGCACUUUAUACAUUUCAUCCAUACCCAAUUUCAUUCUCUAUUUUGUCCCUCCUGACAUUGAACCUUCCUCACUAAAUUCUUUGGUUAGUUUUGCUGUGGGUGGUCUGCUGGGCGAUGUCUUCCUACACCUCCUCCCGCAAUCGCUCUUAGGUGAGCAUGAUGAUGACGAAGUUCAUUUCGUUCAAGUUAACGAGAAAAAGAACGUGGUCAUCGGUCUGGCCAUAUUUUUCGGUUUAAUGACGUUCUUUGUAAUUGACAAGCUGAUGCGCAUAGCGAAUGGCGGCGAGGACGUUCAUUCACACUCGCAUAGUCACGCGCAUGAUGACCAUCAUCAUGGUCAUAGUGACCUUGGUUCCAGCACAGCAACCCCAGAUUCUGAUUCAGCGACACUUCGUCAAAGAAAAUCUGUUGGCAAAAAGGAGGAUGAGGACAUUAAAUCCUCAGGAAAAACGCCAUCUCCCAGCAUCAAGCUUUCGGCCUAUCUCAACCUCAUUGCUGAUGCCACGCAUAAUUUUACCGAUGGACUCGCCAUGGCCGCAUCAUUUUAUACAUCACCAAGCAUAGGUGCAACCACAACUGUGGCGGUGUUCUUCCACGAAAUUCCUCAUGAGGUUGGUGACUACGCAAUUCUGAUUCAAAGUGGCUUCACCAAGAAACGUGCCAUGCUUUCGCAAUUUGUCACGGCGAUCGGCGCAUUUCUUGGCACUUUGACGGGGAUAGCGAUUGAAGAGCUCGGCCGCGGUGUGAACGGAUCAUCGUCACAUGACCAUCACGAUGCCGGAAUUUGGGGUACCGGAGUCGUCUUAGGUGAUUUGGUCAUACCAUUCACAGCCGGUGGAUUUUUGUACAUCGCAACUGUGGGUGUAAUACCUGAAUUGUUGGAGGUGACGGGUAGGUUUACUAAGGAUAUUAGGCAAGCGGCCACGGAGUUUAUAGCAAUGCUCAUUGGUGUUGGUAUGAUGGCCGUGAUCGCUUGGAAUGAAGGUGACUAG